CAACUGUCGCCCACCAUGCCGGCCAAAGGUACUGCGCCGUUCGCGACCUUCCUGAUCAUCGGACCGACCUGCUUCUUCCUCGGCGUCCUUUUCGCUCUUUUUCCCUACGACUACAAUGUCCUCUGGUCCACACCGCCCACGAUUGACCCCGCCGUGAACCCGCGAGAGAUCUACUUCCAGCUUCAAGAGAACCACUUGAAGUUCCUCCACGCCUCUCCGCCUCUCAUCUCCCGCAUCCUUCACAUUGUGAUUGGGACUGGCCUCCUUGGUUUCCUGAUCAAGCUCUUCAAGCCGACCGAGGCCAAUCUUCUCUUCGAUGGCGCUAGCUUGGUGCUCUACAUGUGCGGCAUCACUGUCUACAUUGCCAAUAUUGUCAAGGGACUCCGCACUGUCACUGCAGGCGCAUACGGGACGAAGGUAUUGGAUGAAGCGGCGGGUGAGUCGCUCGUCGACAAGGCCUUGGAGAACCGAGAGGGAGACUACAUUGGAAGAGAAGACAGUCUGAGGGUCUUGGCAGCCAGUGAUACAAUUCUGGCGUUGGUGUUGGUGGGCGUGCUGGUUCUGCAGGCUGGGCAGUGGUACGCGCAGAGGAAGGAGCAGGAAGAGAUGGAAAUGAUGGAUGCUAAGAGGGACGAGAAGAUCGCUGCGAAGGCGGAGAAGAAGGCGGAGGGAAAGAAGCAGAAGUAGGACUCGGAUGCUUUUGAGAUUCUGCGCUCCUCGUCUGGCCUUUGUGCAGUCACUACUUUCAAAACCCCAUAUGGCUCUGAGGAUGAAGAAGAAGAGAUCUCUUGGGUGAACGACAAAUGAAGUCCGAGAGAGCCUAUGCUUUUGGGAAGAAGCGCAAAUACGACCUAUGAAAAUGGGAACCAGGACGAGGAUUCGAAUUCACAAGGUCUUUCCAGAUCAUUACCAUGUGGUUACUUCCAUGAGCUGACGGAGAACCGAAAAACAAAUGCGCGUAAUAUAAAAAGUGCGCAAACCUGCUUCGCCAACUCAUAAGAGCACUCUGCUUUGGCAAAUACUGCCAUCUAUCUCCAAGCUUCUCACCAAAUCUCGUAGCAUUACAUUGCGCACUGCAUUCGACGUUGCCCGUAUGAUAGUAUGCUUGGUCCAAUACCACUUUA